UCACGCUAAAAUUUCCACAGAAAUCGAGAAGAUACCCGAAAUUGGAAACAGUCCCUUCCCAGCUCUCUCACCUCUCUCUCUCUGGAUUCGAAGAAAGAACCGAAACCCUAGCCCUAGUCUUUAUCGAGGAGAAGGAGAUGCUGUUCCAGGUGGGAGGGCAGGGGACUCGGCCGACCUUCUUCGAGAUGGCGGCCGCGCAGCAGCUCCCCGACAGCCUCAGGGCCGCCCUCACCUACUCCCUCGGGGUGUUUGCCUUAAGAAUGCCAUUCCUUCACAAGGUGUUAGAUUACAAUGAUGAAUUCUUUGCCUUGUUGAUGAUGGUGCUUGAAAGUCACAGUUUACGAACCACAGAUGCUUCUUUUUCAGAGUCCUUGUAUGGUCUACGAAGGAGAGCAGUGAAGAUUACCUACAAAAAAUAUUCUUCUAAUAUGGAAUCAAAUGAUAAAAUCCAUCACUCAGGAUUAGAGAAGCACCAAAAAAUUGCCUCAGUUGCAUUUCUGGUCAUUUUGCCUUAUGUAAGGUCAAAGCUUCAUUAUAUUUACAACAGAGAAAGAGAAGCAAGGCUUCAAGCAAGUCUUUGGGGUCAUGAUGAUGCAAGAUUUGAUGACACAGACUUCCUCCUGGAUCAAGGAGAGAGCUCUCAUUCUCAAGUUGAAGCUUUUGGUGUCGAAGGAUCACAUAUGAUGCACGUAAAAAAGAGAAUUAUGUCUGUUAUAGCUUGUUGCUACCCCUGGAUUCAUGCGACCAAUGAGGGAUUGUCAUUUGCUUAUCAACUAUUGUAUCUGUUGGAUGCAACUGGCUUCUAUAGUCCAGGUCUACAUGCACUUGGGAUUCAUGUAUGUCGUGCAACAGGACAAGAACUGAUGGAUUCCUCUUCUAGAAUUUCAAGGAUCAGAAGUCGUGAGCUUGAAAGACUAAGGGGUCCUCUGUGGUUGAAGGCAGUUCAGAGAGUUCUGCUUAGCUGUAUAUACACAACAUUAGAUUAUGCGCAAACUGGUCUGAUUGCUGCAGUGUUCUUUUUCAAGAUGAUGGAGUGGUGGUACCAAUCUGCUGAAGAAAGAAUGUCAGCUCCAACUGUAUACCCCCCACCCCCUCCUCCACCUCCCCCAAAGGUUGCCAAAGAUGGAAUUCCGUUGCCACCAGACCGGACGUUGUGCCCACUGUGCUCCCAGAAACGGGUUAAUCCAUCAGUCAUUGCUGUUUCUGGUUUUGUUUUCUGCUAUGCUUGCAUAUUUAAAUAUGUGUCACAGUACAAACGGUGCCCUGUCACAUUGAUGCCUGCAACAGUUGAGCAUAUUAGGAGACUCUUCCAUGAUUUAUAGUUAUUUAAACUGAAGCUUUCCAAAAUUACAGUGAAGAACGGAUCAGAUAUGCACCCAAAACCCAAAGGGAAAUCCACAAUUCCUUUGCCAGACAUAAUGGGAGGAUUCCAUGUGUACCUAGCAUGGUUGCCAUGGAAAGAAGCGAACCUGGUAUUUGCCUGGUUCUGUGACGCCAAGCAGGUUUUGAGAAAAGUUAAAUAAUACAUACAUAUAUAUAUAUAUAUAUGUGUGUGUGUGUGUGUGUGUGUGUGUGUGUGUUUACAGUAUACGGAGUUACUAAUUAUUUUUAAUUAAGAGAGCUUGAUGAAGAGUCUGCCUGCCAUGAAGAACUCUCCUGGUUCCUUCUGGGUCCCAAUCUAAUUUUCAAAUGGUCAAUUUGAUAGGCCUCUGUACAUUAAAAAUCGUGUUGAUUAUUACCUGUAUCAUGAAAGUGUUGAACUUGCAGCAUUUCUCCAUAUGUUGAAAUGGUUAUCCA